AUGGACGCAGAAGAGUUGAUUGAAUCCAUCAUCAGAGCGCUCAUGUUCCUAGCAGGGAUUCUGGGAAACAACUGGCUGGCAUUUCGCUCCCUGCUGGCGCAGAAAUCUGGCAUCCGCACCAACGAGGUCCUUUUCAUCAACCUGGCUGUCUCCAACCUUAUCACCAACUACCUGGUGGACCUGCCCGACACCAUGGCAGAUUUCGCUGGACGUUGGUUCCUGGGGGAAACCUUCUGUGGCGUGUUCCGCUUUUGCGCCGACCUCUCAGAGACCAGCAGCAUCUACACGACCUUCUUCAUCAGCGCUUUCUGGCACCAGAAGCUCGUCGGCUCCCUGAAACGGGGAGGUGCUCCGGUGCGGCUGGACAGCCUGUGCUUGGUGGGCUGCCUGCUGGCUGGGAGCUGGACGGUGGCUGUGGUCUUCAGCAUCCCGCACUUUUUCUUUGUCACAGUGGAGGGAGGAAACGAUAGCCACGAAGACUGUAUAGAUGUCUUUCCCAACGCCUUUGCCAGGCAAACCUAUGAGAUCUUUUAUUUAACCCUGGCUAAUGCUAUCCCUGCUGCUGGGAUUGCAUUUGCCACUGUCCAGAUUGUCAUCACUCUGCUCCAAAACCAGCGACGCAUACAGGGUCAUCAAUCUGACCCUACCAAGGAGGUGGUUAAGAAUGGAAUCAAUCUUGGAAGCAGAAAUGAUGACAGAUCAGACAGCACCGUGUCUAAUCCAGGACCCUCAAAAUACCUCAAAGAGUCUGCAGCCCCAACCCAAGUUUGUUCGGACGUCUCUGCUUCUCACUGUCCAACUGGAGGGCUGUCAGGCCACAGCUCCAGCAGCCCUCCCCUCAACGGGGAAACAAACACAAACAGCAUAGCUGGAGCUCCACCAAACCUUUCGAAGCCCAGCCAAAUGCCAGCUAAGCCCAGCCCGAGCUCGAGCUCUCAGGUGAGGGCAGCCAAGAGCGUGGUGGCUGUAGCCAGCGUGUUCCUGGUCUGCUGGCUGACUCAUCUGCUCCUGCGCAUCACUAACAGCAUCCACACCUCGUCGAUAGUGGUGGAGGUGGCCAGCUAUAUUGCGGCCUCCUACACCUGCAUCAUCCCCUACAUAUUCCUGCACGGAGUGAAAAGGCUUUCUUGCUCAUGCAAAAGGUAG